AACUUGGGACCAGCGGCCAAAGAUGACGCCGCCGCCGCCACCACCGCCGACGUUCGUCAGGCGGCGAACGCAAUGCCCAGUGGGGCGCUUGUGGUGCUUGUGCAACUGUUUUUCCCCACUGGGAACGGGCCCGAGCCAGUUUGCCGCUGAUUAGAUAAAGUUUCGGCUCUGAAUUGGACACGCUCUCCGAAAGAAACCCUCUGAUAUUGUUUGCCAUUGGUUCGGAGCGCUAUAGUGCCAAUUGAGAGCCUGAGAAGUUAGAUUCCCGAUUCGCGGACACCUCUAAUAGAAAAUUGAAAAUAAUGCUAACAGAAUUCGCUGGUAACCUGUCGCAUCCGCUGGAGUUUGGCCAUGUGCUGGAGAUCGUCGCCAAGACCAUCGAUGGGGCCGCCAGGUUCCACAUAGACCUCGCCACGGCCAAGAGCACCGUGGAUCCGGAUGCGGACAUUGGUCUGCACUUCUCCUGCUACUUCCGCAAUGACACGAUUGUGCGCAAUGCCCGCGUGAAUGGCGUCUGGGGCGAGGAGGAGUCGGCGGUUAUGGACGCCGUAACGCUGCCGAAUCCCAUUGUGAGCGGCGAGUUCUUCAUGGUCUACAUUUUGGCCUGCGAGGAUAGCUUUCACAUUUCCAUCAACAGUCGGGAGUUCUGCACGUUCCGAUAUCGCAUGCCGCUGAGUGCCAUUCGGGCUCUGGAGAUACGCGACCAAAUACAGGUGAUCAAGCAGGUGGAUCAUCGCACCGUCUUCCCCAAUCCGUGGCCCGCCAUACACGCCUCGGACUACUUCAAGGCCUUCAGCAACGAUCAGCCCAUACUGUUCAGUCCGGGGCAUGUGAUCGUCCUAACGGCGCGCUGCUUCGAAAACAAGCGGGGCCAGUUCAUCAUCAAGUUCAUGGAUUCGGACACCAAGCGCGAGGAGUUGCACUUUAACGUACGCUUUGACGAGAAGCUGGUGGUGCGAAACUCCAUGGGCAAGAACUUCGAAUUCGGAAACGAAGAGCGCCAUGGGGGCUUUCCGUUCGUAUUCAAUCAGCAGUUCAAGCUGGCACUGGCCUUUACGGAACGCGAAGUUCUCACGGCUGUGGACGGUUACAACUUCUUCAGCUAUGCCUGGCGCACGCCCAGCGCCAUGAUGAACUUGGUGGGCUUCAAAGUGACCUGCAUAAAGGGCCUGGUUCUGCAGAUAACUGGCGUGGACCACCUGCAGACGGGCGAUCCCACGUGCACCGCCUUCGAGAAGUACUCGCGCCACGACUACGAGUGUGUCUAGAGCGGAGUCCAUCGAUUGUAUGGUCUGACCAUUGAACGAAGUCUGAAAAUAUAUGUGCUAAACGU